AUGCCGACCAGAAACAUCGCCAUCGGCGGAGUCCAAGCAGAAGUGACUCACCCCAACGCACUUAGGGCAGCACUCGCUGAGUUUAUCUCAACUUUGAUCUUUGUCUUCGCCGGCUCAGGCUCCGGCAUAGCUUUCAACAAGCUCACUGACAAUGGAGCCACCACUCCUUCCGGCCUCGUCGCUGCUGCCUUAGCUCAUGCUUUCGGUCUCUUCGUCGCGGUUGCGGUCGGCGCAAACAUCUCCGGUGGUCAUGUUAACCCAGCCGUUACAUUCGGUGCAUUCAUCGGUGGUAACAUCACUCUACUCCGUGGUAUUCUCUAUUGGAUUGCUCAACUUCUUGGCUCCGUCGUCGCUUGCUUCCUCCUUAAAUUCGCUACCGGUGGCUUGCCUGUUCCAGCAUUCGGUCUCUCUGAUGGAGUCGGAUCCUUAAACGCUUUCGUCUUCGAGAUCGUAAUGACCUUCGGACUCGUCUACACCGUCUACGCAACCGCCAUCGACCCGAAAAACGGUAGUCUUGGAACAAUCGCACCAAUAGCCAUAGGUUUCAUCGUUGGAGCUAACAUCCUCGCUGGUGGAGCUUUCAGUGGAGCCUCAAUGAACCCAGCCGUAGCUUUCGGACCAGCCGUGGUGAGCUGGUCGUGGAGCAACCACUGGGUUUACUGGGCUGGUCCUCUUGUCGGUGGUGGACUCGCCGGAAUUAUCUACGACUUUGUGUACAUCGAUGAAAACGCCCACGAGCAAUUGCCCACUACUGAUUACUGA